AAUUAUUUUUAUUUCAUGAAAAAUGUUUUUGUUCUAACGUUGUUGUCAUUUGAAUUGUACUAAAUGUUCGCGGUCUAAAGUUUAAAUUAUCGAGUAGUCGAUAAAUUUCGGUGGAGCUACAUAUGAUUUUGCGCUUAACAGCACCAUUACAUAUCACAGGGUGACUAGAGUAAUUACAUUAUGGAUAAUGGAUAAAAUUAAAGACAUGCAGACGAAGAAUCUACAAGAAAGUUAAAAACGAAUUGUCUUGAUAUUGCGAAUAUAUUUAACCACCAAUUUAUUAAGAAUCCUAUGGAUGAUGCCACGUAUCGUCAGAAAUUUCAUAGGAAGUAUCUUCAAUGCGUUGAAAUAAUUCCGCAUUAUCUACAAGUGGGAGGGUGACCUCCGCAAAGAAACCUCAUACGUAAGGGCUUCUUAAUUAUUCGUCAUGACCACAGCAAUGAAAGAUGUAUGUCGAGUUUGUCUGGAAAACUACGAGAGCAUGAUCAAUAUAUUCGAAGGAACAGAAGGAUGCGGGCUAUCCAUUCCAGAGAUGAUUGCCCAGUGGUCUGGUCAUCAAGUUGAGAAAGGUGAUUUGCUUCCGGAAAACAUUUGCCUUACUUGCCUAGAAGACGCUCUUAUUUCCUUCCAAAUUAAAAAGCCUAACGAAAUUGACCACCAGAUCGUAUGCAAAAUUCAAAAAUUUCAGAGUAUCCAGGAGGAUAAAAUAUCGGACUUUGAAAGUCAGAAAUCAAGCGACAGCAGAGAAUUGAAGUAUGAAAUUGAAGAUGUGACAUUUGGAGAACCUGUACAGUUCUACAUAUUCGAGGAUGAGAUAUCAGUCAGUGAUUCUGACCAAUCAAACUGCCAUAUUAAAAAGAAAAAUAAUGGAGACAUGCCAGUCGAUCAAAUAGACCGAAUCCAUAGCAAUAAUCAAAACGAAGAAAUGGGAGAGAUAUUAUCCAGUGAUAGUGCACAAUCCAUAUCCAAUACUGAAAAUUUUGACAAUGCUUAUUACGACCGUAAUAACGAUGAGAAUCUGAGUAACAAUCAACUUGCUCUGAUAUGUUCUUAUUGUCCGACGUCUUUUUCCCAAAGUGGGAGUCUUCAAGCUCAUAUGCUAAAUAAUCACCCAGAGCACAUUGAAACAUUGCCGGCAAAACGGAUUUAUAAGUGUUCCUACUGUCCAAAGAUAUGUUUAAAACCAUCUUCUCUACGGUCUCACGUACUAAUUCAUACAAAUGAGAAACUUUAUAAAUGUAAGCUUUGCAACAAUUCAUUUUUUUCCAAGUCCCGUUUAAAAGUGCACGAAAAGAUUCACACUGGAGAACGACCGUAUAAGUGUCCCCAUUGUCCAAAGUAUUUUCCAUGUAAUUCUGCACUCAACCGACAUGUCCAAAUACAUAACGAAAACCGACCGUAUAAAUGCAAUCAAUGCCCAAAGUGUUUUAAGUACAUACAUCUUCUUAAUGUCCACCUCAAAACUCACAUGAUAGGGGCGACGUACAAGUGCUCUUUUUGCCCUAAAACUUUUAGCCAACUUUCGGAUACUAAGCGGCACAUGGAAAGCGCCCAUAAAGAGUUACAGACUUUUCAGUGCCUGCAUUGCGAAAAGAUAUAUACAAAAAAGAAACAAUUAACCAGACACAUCCAAACUCACAUAGGGGAAAAAUUGUUUAAAUGUGACGUUUGUUCAAAAUCUUUUAAGUGUAAAUCUUAUGUAUGGAAACAUAUGAGUGUUCACAUGGAGAAGAGGCCUUAUAAAUGCGAUAUUUGCAAUAAGUCUUUUAAGCGAUCAAGUCAUCUCAAACGACACCACCAGCUUCACAACGAAGAAAGACCAUUUAAAUGUGAUUAUUGUCCAAAGACAUUUAAACAUAAAGAUAAUGCUACGGUUCACAUCCGUAUUCACACGGGAGAACUUCCUUAUACGUGUUCCUAUUGCCAAAAGGGCUUUAAGCAACGCACCCAACUUGAACGACACAUUCGGACUCACACAGGAGAGAAAUUUAAGUGCGAUUAUUGCCCAAAGACCUAUAUAGAUCACUCAUCGAUUACAUCGCACUUACGGACUCAUACAGGGGAACGACCAUAUCAAUGCACCCACUGCUCCAAGUCUUUUUCGCGAACAUCCUCUCUACAAGCACACAUCCGUAGUCAUACAAGAAAAUUGGAAACUGAAGCUAUUGUGUAAAACACAAACCAAAGUUAUUAUACUAUAAAAGACCUAUUAGUUUAUGACUGUCACUAGUUUACGAAUUAUGUUUUUUAAAUGAGUUGAAACAUUCCAUAUAUCUAAAAUAAAAUGUAAGAAUUUGGUUAUUAAUAUUGUGAAUAGCUAAAUAAUAAAUAAAUUAAUGAUCUAUCAAAAAA